CACACACUCUUUGUGCUCAGAGCGUCGCAGCGGUGAAACACUUUUUUGUUGACACUGACUGAAACCCAAAAUAGUGAAGCGCCGGUGAGUUGAGUGACGACGUUCAGUGAGUCGCAGUUUCUGGAGCUUUUAUUUAACUUAUUCUUCUUUCCUUAAAGUUAGUCACUUACUAACUGUGUGGAGUUUCGAGCGGAACUGGGCUCUUCAAUGUCAGCGCACACUUGACACACACACACACACACACACACACACACACACACACGUGCUGAGGUGACAGUCACGCACAGUCACAGUGAGAGCACUGCUGCUGAGGGGCCCCAGUGGGCGGAGACACGGAGCCCCGGUUGGGGAUCCAGCAGGUCCAGGGUCCCAUCCCAUGAUGUGUCUCCGUUAGAAGACACACACACACACACACACACGCAGAGCCACGCACUCCUGGCCUGUUGGGAAACGUUCACUUGUUGUUCGGUGUGUCAGCGACGGAAACGGAACUGUGUGUUUGCAAUGUCUGUGCUUCACCUUCCUCUCCAGAGCAAGGCUCCGAGCAGAACGCCGCUUUUACACCGUUCCUACUGUCCCCGGCGCAUGUGCAUCGCUCUCCUCUGUAGUGGACGCCAUCCUGUAAGGUCCAUUUGCGCUCACGGCGGUUCUGGUCUGAACUGGUGAAGAACCAGUGGUGACCUGAGCAGCUGCACAGUGUAAAACUGUGCUGCGAUAUAUAAAUACCAGGAGUGUGUCUGCUGCAGUCCUCCCUCCUUCUCUCUCUCUCUCUCUCUCUCUCUCUCUCUCUCUCUCUCUCGCACACACUCACUCACUCACACACACGCACGCACGCGCGCACACCCUGUUGCGCAAUAAGUGGUAGGCUUGGCCGCGAGUCAGUCCUGUCCUUCUGCGAAGGUGGAGUGCAGUGGGGACUGGAGGCUCUGCUCUUAACUCGGCUUCUAAACCGGUUUCAGAAACGGUUUCCCUCCAGAGCAGCGUCUCCGGCGGCAUCCCCAGUGUGAUCGCUGCUGUGCCUUAAUAUUUAUCAUCAGUGACGUCACUUGAAGCCGUUCUGUUUCCGUCCCUCUCCCGUCUGCGGCAGUUUACCAGGUUUUUACCCUUCUCGGAGAGAUGGGACGACUGUGCUGUGCUCGGUGCUGAGACUAGCUGUGCCUGCGCACAUUGGCUGGGACCAUGUGAGAGGGGACUGGACCUCCGAGCAAAUUAGUCCUCAAGUGACGAUUGAGCCCUUCGUGGAAGGAAAUGAGUGGUGGUAAAAAGAGAAGUGGUUUUCAGAUCACCAGCGUGACGUCGGAUUACGGCCCGUCACCCUUGGGCACCUCCCCUCCCCAUGGGGCGUCCGUCUCGGCAGACCCAGACGCAGGGAAGGAAGUCCUCAAUGGCACCCCCUCGGGAGCAGGAACCGGCGAGUCGGGUGACCAUAGGCCAGCCUUCAGGUCCGGCAGCCUUACGGGGGAUGAUGGAGGUAGGUUCGAGGCCUCGGUCCCCAACGGACCGGUGCUGCUGGACGUAGUGAGGAACGUCCAGCGCCACGCUAGCACCAGCCAGCCCGGCACCCCCAGGGCGUUGCGGAGGCACGCGGCGGCAUCCCAGGAGCUGACUGCCGGAGCGCAGUCCCCCCAGUCGUCCCGCUUCCGCGUCGUGCGUCUGGGUCAGGGCCUGGGGGAACCGUACCGGCGUGGCCGCUGGACCUGCGUAGACUUCCUGGAGCGCGAGGGCGGGGAGGAACGUGGCCUGCGCCGUGUGAUGGAUAGCAUGCGCCACGCCCACUCCCUGGAGUCUCUGGAGACAGUGGGGCUGGGUGGGGUAGAGGGUGGAUUCAAACCCCUGGGGCAGGUCCGUGCCUUGAAGGCCGGCCAUAUGGUCCACUCCCAGGGCACGACUCACCUACGAGCACACCUGGGGGGUGAAGGAGGGGUGCUCGGUAGGCCCUCGUGCAGAGAGCAGGGCGACACCAAACUCUGGACCUUCUCCAGCGGCCCUCCGUCCCCCUCCCACAGAGAGCGUUUCAACGUCAGGCUAGUGGAAGCCGCUUCGCCCCCUCCUGGCCAGCAGCAACAGGACGCCCGGGUGCGCUCGCCCCCGCACUACCUGUCGGCAUCUGGACGGCCUCGCCACAUCCCCCCUCCUCUCCGCCUGGACGUGGACCCUGUGGGCAAGCCGCUGCUUCGAGAGACACUGUCUCAGCCCAGCUCCCCUGGACGUGCCCUCUCCAGAGACGGGCUCUUCCAGCACGCAGUGCAGCCCAGCCCGCACCCAUCGGCCCUGAGCCUGGCACAAUCCAUGUUCGGGGCCGAGGGCUCCUUCGACCUGGACGACGACAGUGCUUCGGGCGGCAGCAUGAUUGCAAUCGACAACAAGAUUGAGCAAGCCAUGGUAAGGUGUGUGUGUGCUUGUGCGUGUGUGCACAUGCAGCACAUACCUCAAUUACAUUCCCGUGAACACGGCGGGCCGACUGCGUUCCGCCUGCUGGGCUGCGCCGUCACGCCCAGUCACCGGGGUCAGUGUGUGUCCGGUUGCCCCCCUGCAGGACCUGGUGAAGACCCACCUGAUGAUGGCCGUGCGGGAGGAGGUGGAGGUGCUGAGAGAGCAGAUCAAGGAGCUGAGCGAGAGGAACGCCCAGCUGGAGAGGGAGAACCACAUCCUGCGUGCGCUGCGGGAGCGCGAAUGAGGGCCUUGACCUAAUGUUUGCACAGUGACGUAUGUGGUGUAGGGUCUUGCAAAGACUCAUGGGAAGGAGCAUGUGGAGUGAGGAGGUGUGUGCAGUAGGGGGUGCCAUAGAGGGGGGGAUGAGGGUGAGUCCAUAGCUGAGGGCUGGAGAGGGAUUGAGCACCGCAGUCUGUGAACAGAGCUCCAGCCCAUGAGCACGCACCCCCACACACACACACACAUUUUCAUGUAAAUACACAGCUGAACACUCUUGUUUCUAACACCCACAGUUAAUAGCGUUACCAACAUGAUGGUUUUAGUGAUGCAGAUAAUUGUAACUUUAUUGUCGAUUGACGACAACGAUGGUGAUGCUGAUGCUGCCGAUGGCCUUUGCGCUCCUGGGGCUGGGAGUGGUUGUGGUCUCACACGGCUUCUCGUAGCUCCUUGUCAGCUCCGACCCCCCGCGGCCCACAAGCCGCCUUCCUUCGCGAUUGAGGCUCUGCUCAAAACCGGUUCAUUUUUCACUGCUGAAAAUGAUGCGUAAGCCAUGUCACCCUGUGUUUUACCCUGCGUACCAUUGUACACACCACUGUUACCCUGUUCGGCCCUUCCGUUUCUCCAGCGUCAGCAAUCAGACCGUGUCUCCUUUUUGAGGUGCUCCUGUUUCCACAUGCACUUUUGUAUGCGACUGUUACAUCAGCUCCUUUCUUUGUUUCCCUGCCACAUUUAAGUCUCCUUUUCUAAAGUGAUGGUGUAUAAAGUAUUAAUUAUUUGUAAUUGUAAAAAAAAUUAAAUACAAAAAUAGAAUCUAAUAAAUAACUUGGACUAAAUUUUGUCUCGUCUUGUUUUCGGGAGCAU